AUGAGCUGCUCAUGCAACUUUGAGGUAAGAGCCAACAGGAUUAGCUGCCUGCGCCCUCCUCUUAACCCCGAUUUGAGAUAUCUCAAAGCUGGAGCUGAUAUCAAAACCUUAAAAGUUGAAAAGGAUCAGAAGACAAACGUAUUGUGUCCUAUGGCCACAAACCUCUCAGUCACCUGUAUUGCAUAUGCCACAACACACAACCACCAUGUGUAUAUGGCCAUCAACUAG